AUGAAGCACUCCUUCCCAUCCCUGAAAAUGACAGGGAAUAAUACAAUGGUCUCUAUUCCUAUGCCCAGCAGAGUCCACAAAAGAUCGUCUUCUCAGUUUUAUAGCGAAACGACACAAAAUUCUACUAUCAACUCCAAAGAUUUUGACUUAUUUCCCCUCUGUAAGCGAACAAAACCUUGAAUAAAUCCCUAUUUUUUACCCAAAAACCCACCUCCUUGACAAACAUAAUUCUUAUAAAAAUAUUUUGAUAUAAGUGAUAAAUUAUAAUAACGAAAUCUAUAGGUAAAUUUAAAAUAGCUUGCAUUUUAAAAUAUAAAUUUAUAAAUAUUGCUUUAAAAUAUUUAAAAUUCGGAUUUUAAAUUUGAAAAAAUAAAUUAAAUAAAAUUUUCUAAAAAAAAAUAACCGCUCUUAAGCGAACAAAUUUUGAACACGGAGGUGGGAGAGUUAGCAAAGUCUUCUGAGCUGAGUUUUACAAAUAGCUUACAUUAUUCUUCCACGAGGAAGGGAUCUGAUACACUACUAGUCGCUGAAUUUCAGCGGCUUGACAAAGAGCUGGAAAUAAAAGAAGUCGAGUUAGAAGGGCUGAGGCAUUUAAAUUCAUCUCAACAAUAUCUAUGUGAAAAAGAAUACGAAAUCUAUCGAUGGUAUUUAGAAGAGCUAGCUUUAAGCUUAUUGCAUAAAGAUAAAGGAAUUAGCAACCGAAUAAUUAAAGGAAUUACUGGAUUUUUAAAAGUCGCAAAAAAGUCGUUUUCAGCAAAACCAAUUGAAGAAAGCCAGCCCAAAAAACGCCAUAAAGAAAAUUCAUCUCAAACUGAAGAAAUAGAUGACAAGGAAGAGAUCAGAUUUUGCUCCACCCCAGAGCUUAAUUUUAUAAGAGACCUGAGUGGAAAAUUGCAGAAUGUCCGAUUCUCGAAAAUCACAAAGAAAUUGUGCGAUCUUUAUGACUCUAUAUGCAAAAUGCAUACAGAAGUCCCAAUAUCUCCUACAGAACUCCCAGACGGUUAUGAUUUUGACGAGUACAAAGCAGCGAAGCUGCUUGAAGCAAAUAUCCAUGAUUUUCACAGUAAGCUUACUGUGACAUUUUCAAAAGGACAGCCAAAACAAAAUGCCAAUGGAAAUGACAAAGAAACACAAACAGACACUGCUGAUAGAAAAGAGUCGAAGAAAGGAAAAGACCCUUUGCUGCAAGAUAAAGAAAUAGAUACUGAGCUUCUGAAACAAAAAUACAAUCACUUAAUAAGUGAAAACAAAAGGCUCGAAGAUGUAAUCAAUAAAAUGAAGCAUAACUUGCAAGACAUAGAAAAGAAAUUUAAUGAUAACGAAUUUGAAGCUUUUCAAGCCAAAAAUAAGCAAACAGCUAUUGAGGAAGAGCUGAAGGCAAGUAAGGAAAGAAACUCGCUGCUUUCUAAUAAACUCAUUGAUAAGGAUAAGGUCUUAAAAGCUAUGAGAGCGGAAAUAAAUGAUUUUAAAGUGAAGCUUAUUGGGAAAAGAAAUAAGCUGUCAUCUUUAAGAGACAAUCUUUUCCAGACUACUGUACAUUUAAAUUAAGUUAAUUUAAGAGCUUAAGGUCUUCCAGAUUUGAUGCCUCCACACGCUUUCGAUCACCGGAUACCUCCUCGUCAGGAAUAGUAACGGUCAAAGAGCCCCAAAGCACCGGUCUCCUCAGGGACUAGGACCUGAACUAGUCUUCCUUGAGUUUCGACGGGCUAGAAAGACCCUAAUGCUGAAUUCUUGCGGGUACUAUGGAGGAAAGGCUAUCCAAUAUCUCCUUUCGGUCACCUAGAGGAAGGGUAAGGCCCGAAAACUAUCCGGAUAGAAUGUCCACCAGCUGACUUCAAAAGCCACCCAACCCAUAUGGCAGCCAUACAGUGUGCUUAGAGCGAGAAUCAAGGGCUUAUGCCUUGGCUUAUUCUAUAAAGCCAUUUUGGCGCCCACAGUGGUGCGUUGCUGGUAAAGAUAUAUUUUUCGCCACCAUGUUAAUUAUUCUGCUUUACAUUUAAGGAUAGCUGAAGAAAAACUCAAGCAAAUUGAGGAUUCCUGGCAGAAGAAAUUUGGAGGGCCAUAUCAUUUUUUGGAAAUUGAUGCAAAUGAAAUCAUUAAAAAAUAUAAAAUUUUCAAGAUUGGCCAAAGUGACGAGGAAAUUGAUGCAAAAGCAAGCGAAAUUGAGGCUCCAGACUGGGAUUCUGGUGAUAUUGAUUUUUCUGAUUUGAGAAAAAUGAAUGAAGGCUAUCGAAAGACUUCACAAAACUAUCCAAAGGCUAGCAGAGCGACUAGAUAUAAAGGAAAUGCUCCAUCUGCACGUGCAGAGAAUGAAGGAAAAGAGCCUGGCGAAGGUAAAAAAGAAGACGUAGAAGCAAGCAAUAGGAGGAAAGUACCCAAUGGCCAGAAAGGAAAGUAUAAUGGCAAUCUAGGAAUACUACAAAAUGAAUCUGAAGAAGAGGAAGAAGAUGAAAGAGAAGAAAACAGAAGCAAAAAUGAUGCAAGAAGUAGAGAAAAUAGUAAGCAAGAAAGAAGAGUCGUCUAUGAUAAUAUCUCUGCGAAAUCGCAAGGAAUUGGGCUAAAAAGUGCUGGGAAUUCAGAAGGCCAGAAGGCAGCUGAGUCUGCUAAUGAUACUAUUGAGUCACAAAGGGGUGUGCUUCAAUCUAAAGACAAAGGCCGAAAUGUCUCCCAGAGUGCCAUUCAGACUCACUUAUCAAAAACCGAGUUUUCUAAUUCUAUAAGAAAUGAAGAAACUGUUCAAGACUCAGAAAUUGAGUCAGAAAUCGAUGAUUUUCCACAAGCACAAGCUCUUAGAAAACAAGAAAAAGAGCUUAUAGCCAAUCUGAAUGAUUUAGAGAAAAAAUUUUUGGAUUCUUUAAGCUAUGAUCAGCAGAUUCUUUAUAAGGCUUAUAAGGAGUCUCUCGACCAUUUUAAGCUAGCCCAAAAACUUUCCAAUAUUAAGAUCUUUUCCAAGUACACUCAAUUUAAUCUUUCAGAAUUUUCAUUGAGCAGUCCUCAGUCAAGAAAAGCUAGAGAGACCAGCUCAUCUCCAUCCAAAAUUCGUAGGUCGCGUUUAGAAGGAGAUACCAUUAUUGGUCCUACAAUGGUUGUCAUCCACAGGCCAACACUCUCUGAGAAUUUCAGUAGGGAGUAUGAGGGGUUGAUUGGAAAUGACCAAAUAAAACUCCCACCAUUACUCCCCCUCCGUGAGCGAAAAAGAAAAUUUUCGCUCACAGAGGUUUUUUUUUUCGAAAUUUAAAAAAUCCCAAUAUUAAUUUAAUUUGGAAAAUUUAUGGUUUAAAUGCAAUUUGUUUCAAAUUAAACAGAGUUAGCUAGAUAUUUCAUUAUACUAAUAAUCACUUAUAUAAAUAAAAAAUUUUUUGUUAGCUCACGAAGGGUGGGAUUUUUGGUCAAAAAGUAGGGAUUUUGCCAAUGGUUUUGUUCGCUCAUGGAGUGGGGUUAGUAAUUUCAAUUUUCAGCAGUGAGGCUGAAGCUCAAAAUCUUUCCCCACGAGUAAAAUCGGAGCUAAUAAAGUGCUUUGAAGGCCAUGACGAAAGAAAAUGCGAGACUGAGUGCAUUCAUUUAAAAAGAGCUAUGAUGAUACGACAGAAAUGCCGAGGAGUCCCUUAUCCUUUGAAAAAGACUUUGAUAAACGAUUUAAACUAA